GAAAGGUUAUAUAAGCAUACAGAUAUUUCCCAUUAAAUAAAUGUGCCAAAUACUUCGACAGUAAUCAAGUUUAAUCAGUGAAGAAAUAAGGCACGGGGUGUUACGUUGAGCAGUAAGCUGAUCAACCCAAGUAUUUGACGGACGUAUUCUACAUCGUUAGAAGGCAAUACACACAAGGGAAAGUGAUCAUUAUUUGUACAAUUAGUUUUAACAGAAGUAUAGGUAAAAGAGAGUUCAUCUUCAAAGAUAACAGUUACAUGUUUGUAUCUUCACGUGCUGAGGUAAUUGGCAUGCUUAGCAGCAAAAUGUAAAACGAUAUGAGUUUUUGUUUCAGAUUACGUUAAAAUGUAACUUGUAUAAUGAACAAUAAUAUAAUUCCGCUGAGACACUCUAGUUUACCAGGGGAUGUUCGACUGCCUAAGCGAUAUGAACAACUAGAGGAAAUGACCUUGGAAAGGAAAGGAAGGUCAUCUACGACUAAUGCAGCGGACGAAACCAUGACGGAACGUCUGGAUGAUUUAUCUCAAGCUAUGGUUUGGGUGAAACAUGAACUUAUACUGCUACGACAACAUGAUAUUUUAUUGAAGAGACAGUUUAGUGAUAUUCAAGAUACCAUCAACUCCUUACAUAGAUGUAAACAUAGAAGUCAGAGACACAAAAGUUCAAACAUGAGUCUUCACUCAAACUGUAGCAGCAUUGACAUUUCAUUGGACAACUACGCUGUUAGAACGUCCAAUAGCAUUACUUUAUUGAACGACGACGAAUGUGAUGACAAUUUUGAUACGGAAAUGACGUUUAGACCUCGUACUUCAUCAAUGAAAACAACGAGAGAUCUAGCGGCGUUGGCUAGAAGAAGGGGAAGUAAAGAUCUGAUUUAAAUAAACUAGUCUUUAGUGA